UUGUCAGUACAGAGAAUGCAUGCUAAUUAUCAACAUCUAUCUUCUCAUCUUAAUUGCAGGGAGGUACAAAAAGCAGUGAACACAGCGCAGGGGCUGUUCCAGAGAUGGACAGAGCUCCUGCAAGAUCCCUCCACAGCCACAAGAGAAGAAGUUGACUGGACCACCAAUGAGCUCAGGAAUAACCUGCGGAGUAUCGAGUGGGAUCUGGAAGAUUUGGACGAAACUAUUAGCAUUGUUGAAGCAAACCCUCGGAAAUUCAACCUUGAUGCCACAGAGCUGGGUGUAAGAAAAGCCUUUAUCACAAGUACACGGCAGGUGGUCAGGGAAAUGAAGGAUCAGAUGUCUAACUCAUCUGUACAGGCACUGGCUGAAAGGAAAAACAGGCAGGCGCUUCUGGGAGAAAGUGGAGGUCAGAAUUGGAACUCUGGCUCAGAUAAAUAUGGCCGUUUGGAUCGAGAGCUGCAGUUAGCCAAUUCACACUUCAUUGAGGAGCAGCAGGCUCAGCAACAGCUGAUUGUGGAGCAGCAGGAUGAGCAAUUGGAGCUGGUCUCUGGCAGCAUUGGGGUGCUGAAGAACAUGUCUCAGCGCAUUGGUGGGGAGCUGGAGGAACAAGCAGUGAUGUUGGAUGACUUCUCCCAUGAGAUAGACAGCACCCAGUCACGGCUUGAUAAUGUGAUGAAGAAGCUUGCAAAAGUGUCCCACAUGACCAGUGAUCGUCGACAGUGGUGUGCAAUCAUCAUUCUCUUUGUUAUCUUACUAGUGGUGCUUAUCCUGUUUUUUGUGCUGUGACGGACUAACCUCCCUUGGACUCAUUUCCCUGCCACCGCCCCCAAUAAAAAAAUGGGGAACUGAAACUUACUGUGUUCCUCCAUUCUCAGAGAUUUCUGUCCAUGAAAACUUGCAUCUGGACCUUACUGCUCUCUUCUGUGGACUAACACCUGUGGCAUGACUCUUGCAACGUCUGUGUCUGAUUCUAGGCCUCAUCAGCUUGCCUGAGGGGAAAACAGAACUGAUGUGAUCCCAAAUUCUUGUGUACCUGGGACAUGCUGCUGUGUGGACAACCGGCCGGCCGCCUUCUUUCUCCGUCUACAUGGAGUGGCCUAGAUUUAGAUCUAAAAGGGAACAGGCAAUUCAGAAGGCAUUCACCAUUGUUAAUAUGUCCAUCCAAUCCAGGUGUGAACCAUAUGAAGUCUGGAAACAUCCUAAGCUGCUACAUAUUCCCCCUUCCCCUUGUCAAAUGCCACUCUUCUCAGAUUUAGACAGAGUAGUGGUUCCUUGGCACAGUAUUUCAUUGACUGUUGGAAGCUGAUCACCAGCCAACAGUGCAGCACUUCCAAACUAAUAAAAGUUGGUCACUGGGAAGGAAGAAGACACAGGAGCAGCAGCGUCGAUGUCUGUAAAUGCAUUAAUUCAUACUCUGGCUAUUUUCACUCCAGUGCAGAGCCAUAAGAGACAGAUGUGCAGGGAGAGAGAUUGCUUUUAAGGGUGCUUACACAUUCUGCUUUUGAAAAUACUAAGUGUUGGGAGCAGCAAGGUCUUCGACCCUAUGGGAUUAAUCAAAGGGGAGCUAUGGCUUGUAACAGCUGACUCGAAAUCUAAAGUGAACGUGAGUCUGUACCUAACAAACGGGAGUGGCUGUUGGUGCUGCCUGCUAGCCUGAUCUCAGAACAGUGGUAUUGUUUUGACUUGACACAGUUUAAGUAGCUUGAUCAUGUUAGAAUCAUGAGCAAAAGAAACUUGCGAGACAUCUCAGCAGAAUCUUACAUACUGUAUAUUUAUGAACUAUAAACAGACUAAGCUGCCCUGCCUGAAGCCGCUGUCAGUAUAAACUGCAGCACUUUGUUUCACUGCACUGUUAGCCAAGAGUUGACAGACUUCAGGCUGAGGGUAAACUUUUUCUAAAGCUAUUUAAAUCUUGAUUAUAUAGGUCUCAAGCCCACUGAAUGAUGCUUUUUUGCUGUUGUGUAACUGUAUGACUGCCUCAGUUUAACUGCUGUAUCCAUUUGCAAGGGAUUUGUCAUGUUUAAAAAUAACAUACAAUAUUUUGAUAAAUAAAUUUCAAAGAGGUUA